CAAGUUUACGCCAUUAGAGAUACAUUGUUGUAGUGUAACUAAUAAUGUACUCGAUCUGUAUGCAUUCUUGGCAAACUUUCGAUGAAAAUUGAAAAAAUUCAUCGUGCAGAAUUUAACGCUUACUCAUAUACUCGGCUCGGUUUUAGUUACGCGGCCAUCUUCAUUCGUAGAAGCGAGAGCUUAUCUAACGUAUAAUUUCCGGAGUUAUUCGUGUGUGUGUUAUCUUUAUUUUGCGUGGCCCGGUACGAUUUGCCGGCUAUUUUUAUUUUUUUGGUCCGGUUUGGUCUUUUAUAGUAGUGGAUUGCUCGAGGCUUCGAACGUGUGCUGGAAAAAGUGCUUAUCGUAGUUAUUUUACCGGCUUGGAGUAUUGAAACGGAAAUACCUAUCUUCGAAUCGGCGCGAUGAGUACUAUAGAUUUGUACACGGAAGACCGUUUGGUUUAUCAGUUCUACCCGGUCCAAGCAAAUUACGUAAAUUUCAAAAUAAAGGCCCCUCACGAUGCGCACAUUGCUCUUACAUCAACACCAUACGAAAGUAAACCCAUGUACGAGGUAUUUUUCGGAGGUUGGAAAAAUACGAAAUCGGUUAUUCGAAAAGAUCAAACUCAACCAGACGUGGUCGAAGUCCCGACACCUAAUUUGCUGAAUCCCAACGAAUAUAAAUCAUUUUGGAUUAAAUGGGAAUAUGGAACAUUAUCGGCCGGAGUUCAAGGCGAUUUCCGCCCAUUGAUGUCGUGGCAAGACAGCGCCAUGUUUCCCAUUCAAUAUUUCGGCGUUUGCACCGGAUGGGGUGCUUCUGGACAUUGGAUUAUUGAGAAUUCACCACCGUCUUUCAUACCCGGAUAUCCUCAACAACCACCACCGAACCCAAAUAUGCCUUAUCCAGCACCUAUCCCAGGACAAGCUCCAGGCUUCAAUCCUCCACCAUUCCAACCACCGAAUCCAAUGUAUCCCCAAAUUCCUCCCGCCGGAGUACCACCUUACCAACCUCACCACCAUCAUCAUCAUCCAACCACUGCUCCGAGAUGGGUACCGAGUAACAAUGGCAGUUUUCCACCUAAUGCUGUUGUUGCUGGGGCUGAUGUGAGCGGAGAAUUGAUAUACGUAAUUAGAGCUCAGCACGAAGGAGCCCUGAUACCUGGAAAAUUAGUACCGUCGCAUCGUGCUGCCUAUGUUGCUUGGGGUGGCAGGGAAAAUCCCAAGGAUAGCUACGAGGUGCUGUGUGAUUGCACUCCCUCGUGGGUUCAUGUUACCGGUUCCCAAAUCCCACCAAAUGCCUUUGAAGGAGGACGCUCAGAAAAUGGCGAACGAUUGUUCAUCGGCCGAAGCCAACACGAGGGUUCUACAACCCCUGGAAAAGUGCAGCCAAGUCACGGUGUAUGUUAUAUUCCUUUCGGAGGACAAGAAGUUGCGAAACAACAAUAUGAAAUUUUAACCAUUUAAACAUUAUCGUGAUCAACUCGAAUUCAGUAUCUCACACCAACGUAUAAUGAUUCAAUUCUGCAUUUUUUAUGCCUGAAGUAUUCGUAGAGUACUUUUUUGUAUUUUUAUUCAGCUUACACGUAUUUAUAUAAGUGCCUAUAUGAUCGUAGAUCUAAAUUUAAUAUAACAUGCUGUAUAUUUUAAGUAUACCUACCUGUUUUAUGUACGUAUUUGUACCCUUAUGGCUUUUAAAGUCACUCCUGUGUGCUUUGUCGUAGGUCACUAAACAAUCUUUAUGGGUUAGGCUGUAUUGUAUUCUUGUAAUACGUACGAAGGUUUAUUCAGUGAUGGUGCUCAUACGUAAAUAUAUUUACUCCAAGCAGAUUUGUGAUGAUAAAUCUAUAUACUAACGAUAUUGAUAUUUAGUAUUUAAUACAUAAAUUUCCAUUUUCAUAA